AUGAUACCUCGCUCUGAUGAUGUUCGUCACAUGACCGAUAAAAGAUUAGCACCUUUUCACCGGAAUCGAAGGAGACUAACUCGGAAACAGCGUAGUCACAUGAAUGUUCGAGUAAAGCCAAUCGCCAGCUGGUCAAGAGUUCUAACCUCGCCUUUCUGCUUUGGAGCGACACGAUUGCGCUUUCUACCUCAUCUGAGCUCGUCUCAUCAGCAUCCUCUGCCCAAUUCGCAUCCUGAUCCUGAUCCUGAUCCGGAUCCGGAUCAUGAGCAUCCUUUCGGUGCUACCACUUUGCUCCACCAAAUGGUCACGAUUCCCUCAUCUUCCCGUUGCUAUGCUCUAUUUCACCUUUCAGUUGCCGUGACCGGUCUUCCCGCCUACCUGAACGUGAAGCUGUUCCGCCUGACGGACCAACUGGUCCUGUUCCAUCAUGACCUCCUCGUGGGGGGCGUGAACCAGCCGAGGGCGAGUGUGGACGGCUCGAGCGAUCGCCAGUUCGAAUACCCCGUUUGGGCCAACUUCUGGCUGGGCCGCGCGACGAGCCGGCGGCUCGUAGAGCUGCUGGCCGGACCGGCCGCCUGGCCUUCCAAGCCGGCCUCGCCGACUGCCCGGCUCCUCGGCGUCGGCGUCGCCCUCACCGACUGCUUCGUGACCCGGCGAGUGCAACUUCUACUGCAGCCGGUCUCAACGGCGACGGCGACGUCGAUGCCUCCUCGGGCUGCGGCGUCUAGGCAUGGCGCACCGAAGCGAGGCGCAGUGCCCGUCGCCGUCGCCGUCGCCGUCGCCGUCGGAGUCGGCGUUGCCGGGCGCGUUGGCGCCACCGGCGGCGUUGCAGGCGUCGGCGAGGAGAGACGGCUGACCGGCCUCGCGGCCUCGCCUUCGCCGUUGGCGCCGGCCACUCCGCCCGUCUCGUCGCUGCUCCUUCUCCUCUUGCUCCUGCUCCUCCUGACCGGCUGCCUCGCCGUCGUCUACGCCCUCCUCGGAGCCGUCAGCUGCCUCCUCCGCCGCACUCCGCGUCCGGCCAGCCAAUCACGUCUGGCCGGCGUUCGAGUCGCCUCUGUCGCUUCUCUCCUCUACUACCCUUACCAUGUGCCCAAACUGGCGCCGACGGCGCGUAGACGCGGACAAAGCGGCGCCUGGCCGAACUGCGACGGCGACGGUGACGGCGACGGCGACGGUGACGGCGACUGUCGCGUCUUGACGGCCAACCGCCAUGUCGGCCAGAUGGCUUGGAGGAGGAAGGCCCUUUUGCUGAGCUACCUCACCUUCCGAGUCUUCUACACCUUCCUCUUCACCUUCAGCGUCGCCGUCGCCCUUACCUUCAGCCUCCAGCCGCUGGCGCUUUCGACGUCGACGUCGACGUCGGCGUCGGCGAUGGGCGGACCGCUGCUGAGGCUGCAACUGGAGACGCGGUUGCUGGAGGAGUUCGCGGAGCAGGAGCUGCAGCGGCAGGUGGACUACACUCGCGGCAUGCAGACGUCGUGCCAGCAGGUGCUCAGCAACGAAGUGCAGGACGCGCUGGACGAGAUGAGUCGCUUGGCGACGCAUCUGCAGACCGGUUGGCUGGGCGCCUCCUCGGACGAGCUCGACGCCGAAGCCCGGCCGCUGGUCGGCUCGAGGCGCGGGCGGCUGCUGCGCGUGGCCGAACGGGCCAUCGGCCGGCAGGUCGCCGCCUUCGGACACCGCCUCGAGCGCCACUUGCUCGACGCCGAAUUGGCCGGCGCCGUACGCCGCUUUGCGGAGCUGCGCUCGGCGACUCGCCUCGACGGCGUCGUCAGAGCCGUCGCCUCGUCCGACUGGCUCGCCUACGCCAUGCGCACUUGGAACCAUUCGAGGCCGGCAGCGGCGGCGGCUGGUUCGAACCCCGCGGCUCCGCACGACGCCGAGCUCGAGGCCGGCUUCGGCCACUUGUUCCGAUUGGCCCCGCCUCCGCAGACGCCUCGACUGGCCGAGGAGAUGCAGCAAAACCUGCUCUUCCUCUUGCACCUCGGACUCACGCAGAUUCACAACAUCUACCUGCUGCCGUUGCGCCUCAGGAAC